AUGGUUCAUAAAAAGCUCACUUUCAAACAACAAAUGGAUGGAUUUCCCUGGACACAACUAAUGGUUGUCUCUUUAGUUAGGUUCAGCGAACCAAUUGCCUUUUCAUCAUUAUUUCCUUAUGUUUACUUCAUGGUUAAAGAUUUCAAAAUUGCUCCAAACGACGCUCAGGUAUCUAAAUAUUCAGGUUACUUAUCUUCAUCAUUUGCGUUAUGCCAAGUCAUAUCCGCAUAUCAUUGGGGCCGAUUCUCUGAGACACAUGGUAGAAAGAUAACUUUAACCUGUGGCCUUAUAGGAACAUCUAUAUCGUUGCUGAUAUUGGGGUUUUCGCACAACUUUUAUCAGGCUUUGGUGGCAAGAAGUUUAAUGGGGUUACUAAAUGGUAAUGUUGGCGUUAUUAGAACUAUCAUUGGUGAAAUUGCCACUGAGAGAAAACACCAGGCUCUAGCCUUCAGUACUAUGCCGUUACUAUUUCAAUUUGGUGCAGUUAUUGGGCCUAUGAUUGGCGGGUUUCUUGUUUUCAGAGAUGGCACGAUGAAUGAAGUGCCAUCAUGGUUCCCGCGCUACGCCAAAAAAAUAAUCAAGUCAUACCCAUACGCUUUGCCUAAUGUGGUUGUAUGCGUAUUUUUGAUGUUUGGUUUGAUAAAUGCAAUCUUAUUUUUGGAGGAAACACAUCCUAUCUUUAAAAAUAAGAGGGAUUACGGGUUGGACCUUGGGGACUCUAUUAAAAAAAACAUAUUUGGUAUAAGACCCAAAAGGAGACCAUGGCAGAAAUAUAUUCAUAACAAUUCUGAAGACAGUCGUCGUCGAGAUGAAGAGACAAACGCUAAUGAAGCACAAAUUCGUGGCGAGGAUGAGCACAGUCCGUUACUAGAUUCCGGUAAUGAGAGUGAUGCUGAAAGCGUACAAGCCAUUGACCCUAUUUUGACAAGAAGACAGUCUGUAAGUCUGAUUCGGACCUAUUCUCUGCACGAACCAACAGAUGCUGUACACACCGAUAUAGACACAGCUUCCGAUGGCUGUAAAGAAAGUAGUAUUUUCCACCAUGUUUUCCAUACGAAAGUAUUUUACCCGAUAUCCGUGAACUUCAUCAUGGCUUUGCAUUUGAUUGUCUAUAAUGAAUUUCUCCCAGUCUUUUUAGCUUAUGAUUUGGCCGUAGAUCCUGAGAACCCAAAGAAACUAGCUUCAAAAUUUCCGUGGAAAAUUUCUGGUGGGAUUGGUUAUGAGCCAGAACAGACGGGUACUCUUUUGUCCACAACCGGCAUAUUUGGUUGCUUUGUCGUCAUAUUUAUUUUUCCCGUCGUAGAUCGUAAUUUCGACUGUUUGACAAUUUUCAGAACGCUGGUUAAGUUAUAUCCUAUCAUGUAUAUAAUGGUACCUUAUGUUAUCUUUCUACAAGGCGAACGAGUUCCUAGCUGGUGUACUGUCGCUUAUUUGUACAUAAUCACAGGGAUAAAGACAUUUUGUGGCGCCUUGACAUCUCCACAAAUUAUGCUAUUAAUCCAUAACUCAAGCCCUUUGAGUUGUAGGUCAGUCAUUAAUGGUGCCACUAUCAGUAUUUCUGCAUCCGCUAGAUUCAUAGGUCCUUUAGUGUGGGGUUACAUUAUGUCUUGGUCCCAAGAGAAUGAUGUUGCCUGGGUCAGUUGGUGGUCGCUAAGUCUUUUCUGUAUGGUGGCCCUUUAUCAAAGUUAUAAGAUAGCCCCGAUCGAUGAUAAUGAUAAUGAAGAGGAAGAUAGUCAACAGGAUGGUGAAAAUACUGAUGGUUCGCGGGCAGAGGCUUCUGGUGUAAGAAUGAGUCAUCGUUCAAGCUUAAGUAGCUUGAGUAAUCAAUGUCGUGCCAAAUGA